CCGACGCCGCCUCUCCGCGACACACGCACACAACUAUUCGUCGGAAAUCUGCCUUACCGCGUCCGAUGGCAAGACCUCAAGGACCUCUUCCGCCGUGCAGGCACCGUCCUGCGCGCCGACGUCUCCCUCGGGCCAGAUAACCGCUCGCGCGGGUACGGCACGGUCCUGCUCGCGACGGCCGAGGACGCCGGGCGGGCGAUCGACAUGUUUAACGGGUACACCUGGCAGACGCGGGUGUUGGAGGUGCGCCCCGACAGGCUGGGCAACUUGCUCGACGUCGAUGCAGGCGCUGGGAUCGCAGGCGCUGGCACUAGUGCUGCUGCAGGAGGGGCCGGUGCCGGGUCGGCUGGGGCAGCAGGGUUUGGGAGCGCGAUGGACGAGCAUGCACACCCGUUCGCGUUCAACCCGUACCAGGAGACGAGGAGCCUGUUCGUAGGGAACGUGAGUCGCAUUGUUCAUGCAGGUUUUGGGCUCCCGUUCCACGUGCAGUGGCAGGACUUGAAGGAUCUGUUCCGGACAGCGGGGGCGGUGGUGCGGGCGGAUGUUGCACUGGGACCAGACGGACGAUCACGAGGGUUUGGGACGGUGAGCUAUGCGAACGAGGAGAGCGCGGAACGGGCACGGCGUAUGUUUGACGGGUGA